CUCCCGCUGUUGUAGGAUCGACGAAUUUGCUCCCGUUAACGGUUGAUUCCGGUCCGCGUAUUUUUAAGACAUUGCGUCACGUUGAUGAAUUUGAAGAAAUGCUACCGAAAGGCGCAUCCGUCCGCUUAUAAUAAACAAAUCUGCGCCAGGCACUUGAAUAUGCGCACGGAAGACCGGUAACGGUGGGUUUAGAGACGCGGUAUAUUAAAGAAAACACCGAAGUGGAUCACAUCAGCGUGUAUUUGUGUAUAUAUACACACACGGUUAUACUCAGGUGGGCCAAACGUUUUGCGCGUGGCGUCGGUGGUCGGUGAUGUAAACCCGGUUUGCGCGGCUCGGGAUGAUCGGUGAGGCUCAUGCACGCGCUCUUCCGUUCGAUAUCCGCACCAUCCCGGGGUGUGACAGAUAGACACGGCUCCGCCGCCGCUGAGCCCAUGGCGGGUCCCGCAUUCACCGGAGCGCACGGGACCUGGAUCACAUCCCGGUUACGGGAGGACGCGUCAUCUUCUUCAUCGUUAUCAUCGUCGUCGUCCGCAGAGAAACCGCGCAAACGGAGAGCAUUUAACCUGGUCAGACUGCGGCAGCCCACCGCCCCCGGUAACAACAACACCCCGUUUGUGAUCUCCGGUCAUAUCAAGCACAUCUGCAGUAACUGCAGCCGCGGGAAUGACAUCCGGGACGCAGAGGGUGCCGAGCGUCUGGCGGCGAUGCGCUCUGAUUCGCUGGUUCCCGGGACGCACACGCCGCCGAUACGCAGACGCAGCAAACUGGCCAGUCUGGGACGACUCUUCAAACCGUGGAAAUGGAGAAAGAAGAAGAGCGACAAGUUCAAACAGACGUCCGCAGUGCUGGAGAGGAAGAUGUCGACGCGUCAGAGCAGGGAAGAGCUCAUCAAGAGAGGCGUGCUGAAGGAAGUGUAUGAGAAAGUAGAGGAGGUCAGCGUUGACGGCGGCCGGGUGUGUGUGAGUGAUCUGGACAGACAGGCGGUCAUCAGUCCGGUAUCAGAGUCUGCAGACGCCAGCGUCACGGCGACAGUGUCGUUCUCAGAGGUCCAGUCUUCUGGUGAAACUGUGGCGUGUCUCUCAGAUCUCGUCCCAAAGCCAUCUCAAGCCCCGCCCUCUGUGAAGCCCAUGCCGUUGCCUAGCGACAGUGCUGACAUCGCUCACAUGAGGCCGUCGUCACUGAAACAGCCUCCUGCCUUACCGCCGAAGCCAUACAGCAGAAUACCCAACCAUCUGACAGAGACGCUGGCUCGACUGUCGCCGCCCCUCCCUCCAAAGAAAGUGAUGAUAUGUGAGCCGACGCCCUCAUUUCCCCUCAAAUGCCUGCCGUCCCAGGGCUCGCACGCACACCCGCACACACACGCGCUCACACACCUGCACCCGCAGCAGUACGCCACGCUGUCACUGCACCCACCCAGCCGCAUCAUAGAGGAGCUCAAUAAAACCCUCGCGCUCACCAUGCAGAGACUCGAGAGCUCUGUACUGCAGGCGGUGCCAUCUGUCCUGAUGGAGACGGAAGAGGAGAAGGAGAACAGAGAUUCAAUGCACCAAACUCCCGCCAACACACACACACUCAACACACACACACUCAUCACACACACCUUCAGCAUGCACGAGGAAGAAGACGAGGAUGAGGAGGAUGAUGACGAUGCGCUGUUUACAAGUACACUCGCUUUAAGGAUCCUACGGAAAGAUUCGCUGGCGAUCAAACUGAGCAAUCGUCCGUCAAAGAGAGAACUGGAGGAUAAAAACAUCUUACCCAUGAUGAGUGACCAGGAGCGGCUGGAGUCCAGACAGCAGAUCGGCACCAAACUCACCCGUCGUCUGAGCCAGAGGCCGUCAGCAGAAGAGCUGGAGCAGAGGAACAUCCUCAAACCGCGGAACGAGCAGGAGGAGCUGGAGGAGAAGCGCGAGCUCAAGAAGCGGCUCUCCAGGAAGCUGAGUCAGAGGCCCACCGUGGAGGAGCUCAGAGAGGCCAAGAUUCUCAUCCGCUUCAGUGAUUACGUGGAGGUGGCAGAAGCUCAGGACUACGACCGGCGCGCGGACAAACCCUGGACCAGACUCACUGCUGCUGAUAAGGCUGCCAUACGCAAAGAACUCAACGAGUUCAAAAGCUCAGAGAUGGAGGUGCACGAGUCCAGUCGACAUCUAACCAGGUUUCAUCGGCCGUAGUGCCGCUACAGUCAUCAGUGAACUCUGUCUCUCGUUUGGAGCCGUUCUUCUUUAAUGGACACUGAACAGACUCUCUGCUGCUCGCUUUGAUCAGGAAUCGCACGCAGAUCUUCUGGACUCUCACCAGCGGCGCGUGGACACGGACGAGCCCACGAUCUGUCUGUGUGCGGAUAUUUCUGUAUAUUUUGACAAAAACUGAUAUAUUACGUGCUCUUCGCCAUGAAUUUUCUCUUGUUGUCGUUUUUUUGUUUUUUCCAGGCAAUGGUUUUUAAUGCAGCAGACGAUGUAGUUGAUUUUCUACUUGUAACUGAGAAAUUAUUCCAGUCCUUUUAGUUUUCAAAAAUGGAGAAGACAAGGGAAAAUACUUUUCUAACGAGUGCAAGCCACAUUCUUUUACACACUAAAAUCUUUAAAGGAACAGUUCAUCCAAAAGUGAACAUUUGCUGAACAUUUCCUCACCCUCAGGUCAUCCAAAAUCAGGAUUAGUUUGUUUCUUCAUCAGAUUUGGAGAAAUUGCAUC